GCCUUUUUGGAGAGGCAGCUUGGCCACUCGGAGCCUGCCAUGUCCAGCGGCCUUGCGAUCAAGGACUUCAACUAUGCAAAGCAUGCGGCGUUCUUCAAGAAGCAUGCCGCGUCCUUGCCAGAGCAGUACAAGCUCAUGGACACCAACCGGCUGACAUUGCUCUACUUCAGUGUCUCUGGCCUGGAUCUUCUGGGCAAGCUAGACCAACUAGACCGUGACGCGACAGUGGAGUACAUCUACUCCUUUCAGUCGGAUUGCCCAGACCAUGGUGGCUUCUACGGCUACCCCAAGGUCUCCUUUGAUUCAGAGGAUCUGGAUAGAGCCAACAACCAGCCUCACAUUGCCAACACCUACGUGGCAUUGGUGAUGCUCCUGAUCUUGAAGGACGACCUGAGCCGCGUGAGGUGCAGCGCAGUGGCCGCCUCCCUGCGAAGGUGGCAGCUGGAGGACGGCAGCUUCUGCUGCGUGCACUGCCUCUCCAGCCUGGACUCUGAGAGCGAUAUUCGCUUCGUGUACUGUGCUGCCAGCAUAUGCUACAUUCUGGAUCUGUGGCAUGCGGUGGAUGUGGAGGCCAUGGCUCGCUUCGUUUAUGCCUCGCAAAGCUUCGACGGCGCCUUCGGCAUGGGCCCGGAGACGGAAUCCCACGGCGGUUGCACCUACUGUGCCGUGGCCUGCCUCAGUAUGCUUGGGCGACUCGACGACUUGGAUAUGCUGCAGCUUUUGCACUGGUGUGUCCACCGCCAGCAGAGCGGCUUCCAGGGCCGCAUAGAGAAGGAACCAGACAGCUGCUACUCCUUCUGGGUGGGAGGCACUCUGCAGAUGCUGGGUGCCGAUGCCUUCUUGGAGCGCCAAAGUUGCGCUCGAUUCCUCAAAACCUGCGAAUCCGGCUAUGGCGGCUUCCAGAAGUUUCCAGACGCCGAGUUCCCGGAUCUGCUGCACUCCUACUUCUCGGUGUGCGGCUUGUGCCUCUGCGGUGUGCUGCCGCCUCUGACGGCGCUGCUGGGUUUGUCGGAGGCCGCCUUUGCCGCGGCCCAGCGCAGCGGCGCGCUGAAGGCGCAGCGCGCCCCGGGCGCGCGGCCCUGGCGCCUGCCAGGAAAGCCUGUGGAACCCGAGCACACGGCUGCUGGCGGCUAUGUCGCGUGAUCUUUGUCGCCGUGCAGCUUUAGACAGC